UGGAGUUCCGCUCAGGACUCAGGAGCCGUGUGUCUUGGAACAAGGCAAAAGGCGUAAACUCCCUCUGCGUUCCAUCUUUAAAGCCCUGAGUUGCCUCUCGGUUUAUUUUUUUCUCGGUGAGAACUCGGAGACCAUGUCUGCUCAUCUCUUCCCGUCCACAAGUAAGGAGGAGAGCCCUGGCUCCGGGCCUGGUUUUCGAUUCCGUCAGAGGAAAAGGUUAAACCUGCUGCUGCAGAGAGAGACUUCUUUUAGCACUGAUCCAGAUCUCCCGAGAACUCCGGUGGGCCAACUCCUUGGUGAUUCGGGAAACCUAAGCGUUUCGUCUGGAGGAACCCCAAAACGUUGCCUCGAUCUUUCGAACCUUAGCAGCGGGGAGCUGUCUGCCACGGGUGUCCCUCAGCUUACCACUUCGACAGACCUUGAUGAAUUGGGUCAUUUGGAUUCUUCAGAACCUCAGGAAAUGCAAUUAACUGGAGUGAAUCAUCAUCAGGAUCUUAUAAAAGGCAGCACACUGCUGUGUAGCACUCCGAAUUCUUUGGACCACAGCCACAGAAAGAAAGAUGUACUGUGCAGUUCGUCUAUAAAUAAGGAAAAUGACAACGGAAGUGUGGAAAAUGAAAUGAAAGAUCUGGGCAGUCCCAUUACUACAGUCCCACAAUUGGAUAAUAAUCUAGAACUAGAAGACCAAGCAGAGGAUAUUUCAGAUGACACGAUGGAGUUUUCCCUGGAAGAUCUAGAAGAUGCAAAGACAUCCUGGAACAGAAGCUACUUGUAUCGCUCCCCUUCGUUGCCAGAGAAUUUGAACAGGCCAAGACUGAAGCAGGUGGUUGAAUUCAAGGAUAACCCAAUACCAGAUCAGGGCCUAGGUCUCAAGCAGACAGUCUCGCUCUCUAACAUGAGUGUCACUCAAAUGCUGGAGGAUGAUUCUAACCUGGGAUAUUUGAUUGGUGAUUUCUCCAAGGUAUACGCACUGCCAACCGUGUCCGGGAGACACCAAGAUCUGAAGUACGUCAACCCAGAAACGGUGGCUGCUUUAAUUUGGGGGAAGUUCCAGAGUCUGAUUGAAAAGUUUUAUAUCAUCGAUUGCCGCUAUCCAUAUGAGUACCUGGGCGGACACAUCCAGGGAGCCUUAAACGUAUAUAGUCAGGAAGAACUGUACAACUUUUUUCUGAAGAAGCCCCUUGUCCCUUUGGAUACCCAGAAAAGAAUCAUCAUCGUGUUUCACUGUGAAUUCUCCUCAGAGAGGGGCCCACGGAUGUGCCGUUCUCUGAGAGAAGAAGACAGGACUUUGAACCAGUAUCCUGCCCUGCACUACCCCGAACUGUACAUCCUCAAAGGGGGCUACAGAGACUUCUUUCCAGACUAUCCGGAGCUGUGUGAACCAAGGAGCUACUGCCCUAUGCAUCACCAAGACCAUAAGGCUGAGCUGCUGAGGUGCCGAAGCCAGAGCAAAGGGUGGGAAGGAGAGCGGCAGCUGCAGGAGCAGAUUGCCCUCCUGGUAAAAGGCACGAAUCCUUGACGAGGGGGCUGCCACCAGCUGCUAAGGACGCACCAAAAGAAACUAUGGACAACCUGAGCAGAAAGAAGCUCUGUAGCUAGACCCAGGGUUGUUAAAUUAGGUCUGCAAACAGGCUUCCCAGCUAAUUGAAUCCCCAAGCCUGGGUUUCAGUAGAGCUCCGGACGGGUGUAUGUGUCUUGGUGUCCUGGAGCUAGCUCGAUACGGCUGUAAUCUUGGGUUGCUUAUGGGAGCUCUUGCCUUCCUCUUCCCAACUAAACUCCUGUCUGCUCAUCAGCCAGCCAGCUCUUUUCUCUUUCCCGAGUUUUCUGGCUGUAUGGUAGAGUUGCCUGUCUUUGUGUAUUUUCCUUGUCUGUCUCCCUUCCCCUUUUCGUAAAUGGGAGAAUAAACACAUCAGAAUGAGAAA